GUCACCGCUUCCCUCAGAGCAGGGCGUGACUACGUCAUAAUCUCGCGAGAUUAGCCGGCGGGAAGUUGUCAAAUGCAUUGGCGACUCUCGGCGGGACUUUUGAAUAGAACUCGGGGGGCAGCGGGCCUGUUACUGGGCGGUAGCACUUUGGGCCAAAGUAUUAUCGCACCUAUUAGAUUUGCUUUCCCUCUGACCUGUGAGGAGCCAUGCUGUGCGAGCAGAUAAAAGAGUAUGUGGACGUCAGCCGGGAGAUCGUCAAAGUUAUGGUGUCGGACUCGGCAGCUGUAGCCUUAAAGAAAAGCUUGGACCGGCAGGAGGCCAUGAUAGAUUUGCUCUUGGAUACGGAAACAGAAGCUUCGCAACUCAUCCGAGAUUUCAUGGCUGUGGAAGAGAAAGUGGCACAAACACUUCUGGACACUGAAGAAACAAAACAGAAAACAUCAUCCAAGCUGCAGAAAAUAGAGCGAGAACUGCAGGAGAAAAUUGAAAAGAAUUCAUCGCUGGAAUCAGGCAUAAAAUUCCUACAGAAAGAGCUGGAAGAACUGAAGAUGAUGGAGGAAGAGAUUGCUGACAUGGAGAGAGAGGCAGAUGAAGAUACCACAACAGUCAUUCCCUCGGCAGUGUAUUUGGCGAAACUGUUCCACAAUGUGACGAAAAUUGAUUGGGAUUAUAACUGUGAUCCCUCCCUUAUCAAAGGCAUUCACUAUGGAGGAGAGAUCGCUCAGCCUAUCAGCAUUGACAGCAACCAGCACUCGAAAAUCUUCAUUUGUAACUACCUGUGGAGCCUUUUGUCCACAGACUGGUAAUUCCCACCGUCGGAUAACGAACUUCUUGCAGAGGUAGUAGCGAUCUGACUAUUCCGUGGUCUGGGCAACAUCCCUGCAUGGCCACUUGCCCUUUAACCAGUUGGACUGUAUGAAGCUGGAGUUUCUGCACCCCUGAUUGCUGGCACUUACACUAGAAUCUGAGAAAUCCCAAGUAAGCGCUGACUUUCUUUGGUGCUUUUAAGGCAAAGUUAAUAUUCAUUUUUAUAGGUUAAGUUUACAUUCAUGUUUUUUCUUUUUUUUAAAAAAAAUUAUUAAUAUUAAAAGUGCUUGCAAAGCAA